UAUUAUAAGACUUGAGUUCAACCAGUCACACUUGGAGUAUUAUACAGAGUUAGAUGCCAUAGAACUAGUGGGAACCUUGAUAAAAGAUCAUGAGGGUACAGAUUUAGAUGAAGCCUAUGCAGUGCAUAUGAUGAAAAAUAUGCAGUUAAAUGAACAGUGUGAUUUUGAUGAUAUCAUACAUAGCGAGUUCCCAGCAGGUGGUAAUAAUGGCUUUUUUGAUGUACUACCUGGUGAAGUCAUCCAGUUAAUUUUAACUUAUCUUGACAUACUCAGUCUUGGGAAUGUUGCACUGACCUGUCGAUUGUUUUAUAAACACUGUUAUGAUCCAUUACAAUAUGUAGAAUUAGAUCUACAGUCUUAUUGGACACAGGUGAGGCAUUAUUAUCUUGACAUACUCAGUCUCGGGAAUGUUGCACUGACCUGUCGAUUGUUUUAUAAACACUGUUAUGAUCCAUUACAAUAUGUAGAAUUAGAUCUACAGCCUUAUUGGACACAGUUUUUAAAUGAAGCUUGUAUUAAAUCCAUAGCAGACUAUUGUCCAUUGCUGCAAGAAUUAAAUUUACAGUCUUGCACUUACUUAAGCAAUGAUGCAUUGCGACAUAUAAGAAGACUAACUCAUUUACAUACAUUGAAUCUCUAUAGAAGUUCCAUUGGUGACCCAACGUUAAUAAAUAUUCUAAGUAAUUUACCUGAUCUGGAACACCUCAAUCUUGGUUCAUGUGUUAAUUUGACAAGUUUGGAUAAUGUGGUGACAGAACUUUGUGGUAAUUGGAAAAAAUUGAGAUCAUUGGAUUUAUGGAGAGCAAAGACAAUAUCACAUAUAGGCUUGAGAGCUUUGGCUAACAACUGUCCACGGUUAGCUGAACUGGAUCUAGGAUGGUGCAGUGAAAUCAACUCCAAUACUCAGUGUUUUAUUCAUCUGGUACAGAACUGCACAGAACUCAGAAAACUAUUUCUCACUGCCAACAG